GAGGAAAAGGGGAAGGAGUAAAGAGGAAAGAAGACUAGGAGAACACUGCAAGGCGACGCACCAGAAACUUUCCACCCUGGAUUCUCUACUUUUGCUCCAUGGACAGAGCCUCAGCCAGCCAAGUUACAGACAGACUGUGAGCAGUCCCUGCGCGUUUUAUUGCGACCUGCCGGUGGGAACUUUGUCUCCGAGUCGGAGCAGCAUGGAGCGGCGGAGCGAGAGCCCGUGUCUGCGGGACAGCCCCGACCGGCGGAGCGGCAGCCCCGACGUCAAGGGGCCUCCCCCGGUGAAGGUGGCCCGGCUGGAGCAGAACGGCAGCCCCAUGGGAGCCCGCGGGAGGCCCAACGGCGCCGUGGCCAAGGCCGUGGGAGGUUUGAUGAUUCCUGUCUUUUGUGUGGUGGAGCAGUUGGAUGGCUCUCUUGAAUAUGACAACAGAGAAGAACAUGCAGAGUUUGUCCUGGUUCGAAAAGAUGUGCUUUUUAGCCAGCUGGUGGAGACCGCGCUCCUGGCCCUGGGGUACUCCCACAGCUCCGCAGCUCAGGCACAAGGAAUAAUCAAGCUGGGGAGGUGGAACCCUCUCCCCCUCAGCUAUGUGACAGAUGCCCCCGACGCAACAGUGGCCGACAUGCUGCAAGAUGUCUAUCAUGUUGUGACGUUGAAAAUCCAAUUACAAAGUUGUUCGAAGUUGGAAGACUUGCCUGCGGAGCAGUGGAAUCAUGCCACAGUCCGCAAUGCCUUAAAGGAACUGCUCAAAGAGAUGAACCAGAGCACAUUAGCCAAAGAAUGCCCUCUCUCCCAGAGUAUGAUUUCAUCCAUUGUAAAUAGCACAUAUUAUGCCAACGUGUCAGCAACCAAGUGCCAGGAGUUUGGGAGAUGGUAUAAGAAGUACAAGAAGAUUAAAGUGGAAAGAGUGGAACGAGAAAACCUUUCAGACUAUUGUGUUCUGGGCCAGCGUCCAAUGCAUUUACCAAAUAUGAACCAGCUGGCAUCCUUGGGGAAAACCAACGAACAGUCUCCUCAUAGCCAAAUCCACCACAGUACUCCAAUCCGAAACCAAGUGCCCGCGUUACAGCCCAUCAUGAGCCCUGGUCUUCUUUCUCCCCAGCUCAGUCCACAACUUGUUAGGCAACAAAUAGCCAUGGCCCAUCUGAUAAACCAACAGAUUGCCGUUAGCCGGCUCCUGGCUCACCAGCAUCCUCAAGCCAUCAACCAGCAGUUCCUGAACCAUCCACCCAUUCCCAGAGCAGUUAAGCCAGAGCCAACCAACUCUUCUGUAGAAGUCUCUCCAGAUAUCUACCAGCAAGUCAGAGAUGAGCUGAAGAGGGCCAGUGUGUCCCAAGCUGUCUUUGCAAGAGUGGCAUUCAACCGCACACAGGGAUUGUUGUCUGAGAUUUUGCGUAAGGAAGAAGACCCUCGGACAGCCUCUCAGUCUCUUUUAGUAAACCUGAGGGCCAUGCAGAAUUUCCUCAAUCUGCCGGAAGUGGAGCGGGAUCGCAUUUACCAGGACGAGAGGGAACGGAGCAUGAAUCCCAAUGUGAGCAUGGUCUCGUCAGCCUCUAGCAGUCCCAGCUCCUCCCGAACCCCUCAGGCCAAAACCUCGACACCGACAACAGACCUCCCCAUUAAGGUGGACGGCGCCAACGUCAACAUCACAGCUGCCAUUUAUGACGAGAUCCAACAGGAGAUGAAAAGGGCCAAGGUGUCUCAAGCCCUGUUUGCCAAAGUGGCUGCAAAUAAAAGUCAGGGCUGGCUGUGUGAACUGCUCCGCUGGAAGGAGAACCCCAGCCCAGAGAACCGCACACUCUGGGAGAACCUGUGUACCAUCCGUCGCUUCCUGAACCUUCCCCAGCAUGAGAGGGAUGUGAUCUAUGAGGAAGAGUCCAGGCAUCACCACAGCGAGCGCAUGCAGCACGUGGUCCAGCUUCCCCCUGAGCCAGUACAGGUCCUUCAUAGACAGCAGUCUCAGCCAGCCAAGGAGAGUUCCCCUCCCAGAGAAGAAGCUCCACCCCCACCUCCUCCGACUGAAGACAGUUGUGCCAAAAAGCCCCGGUCUCGCACAAAGAUCUCCCUGGAAGCCCUGGGGAUCCUCCAAAGCUUUAUUCAUGAUGUGGGCCUGUACCCUGAUCAGGAAGCUAUCCACACGCUUUCUGCUCAGCUGGAUCUCCCCAAACACACCAUCAUCAAGUUCUUCCAGAACCAGCGGUAUCAUGUGAAGCAUCAUGGGAAGCUCAAGGAACACCUGGGCUCCGCGGUGGACGUGGCUGAGUAUAAGGACGAGGAGCUGCUGACAGAGUCCGAGGAGAACGACAGUGAGGAAGGCUCUGAGGAGAUGUACAAAGUAGAGGCCGAGGAGGAAAAUGCUGAAAAGAGCAAGGCCGCGCCUGCUGAAAUCGACCAGAGAUAAUGUGAACUCCUACCAGGCAAAGCAAUACAUCGGUCCAAGGAUUUUCUGUUUUAAUUUCUUUAAAAACUUUUUUUUUUGCUUUAUUUUAUUUUAUUUUUGUCUGUUUUGUUUUUCUUACCUUUUUUGACAUUUUUUGUUGCACAGGAUACACCUAUAGACUGAAUAAGUUCAGUAUUCCCGAAUCAGACAUCGCCUUGGCAAAGACACUAAAGUGUUACACUUUUACAAUUGACUGGAUCAUAGUAAUUAUAAUCACAGGAAACUCUGCCUUCUUUAUCCUUGCACUUACGGAAGAGACAUCAGGCAAGUUCCAGGACGAAAAGACCUACGAAACAAAUGAAGGAAGCUACAAGUGUGUGUGUAUAUGUAUAUGUAUAUAUCUAUAUAUUUACAUAUAUAUAUUAAAUUGCAUGGGACAGAGAACUUUACAAUCUGAAAGAAUAGACUGUGAAAUGAGUUCUUAAAGAAGAGACUUGUUUAUGUAUUAAAAAAAAACCACUUCACAGUGAGUCGCUUUGGCUUUUUGAUAAACUGCGGCCUGCUCUCAGGGUGGGGUGACUAUUUUUGAAUUCCUAUUUAUUUUCUGUGUUUGUCCCUGAUUUUUUUUUUUUUUUUUAAUUCUAUGGCUUCCUAUCUGGCAGCUUGAUGGGUAAUUUUUGAGGUAUGUAUUUAAACAAAAUAAAUCAACACUGCCAAAAAGAAAGAAGAAAGGAAAGUGGAAAAAAAAAUCAGGGCACCUUAAAAUGAUACAAGUCAAAUUGCUCUUAAGACACAAUGCGCACUUAAAAUGACUCGACGUGUUCCGUUAUUCAACUUGUCAUUACUGUAGUGAACAGAUGCAUUUCUGUGGAAUUCCAAAUGAAUAAAACUGAAAUUCAGUACAGAGAAAACUUGUCUUGAUAAAAUGACGUUUUGACGUUGGACGUAUGGAAUUCAUAGUAUGAGCCACAUUUUAUUGUGAAACUUAUUUACCUGUUCGUGGCUUCAGAUCUUAAAAUGAAUAAGCCUGCUCAUUUAAAAGUUGUUUGUUGUUGCUGUUUUCUCUUUUUCUUUUUUCUCCUUUUUUUUUUUAAUAGAAAAUAGUUCAAUGUAAUGUUAAGUUAGAAAAGAAGUUGCCGCCCAGUUAAAGGGGUUCCCUCUCAAAUAAACCUCCAUCCUUCCAUCUCCCAAAAGAUGUUUCCUAUUUCUGUUUCACUUUGGGCUUCCUCUUCUUCGUCCACAUUCCAUCCACCUGACCAAACUUCUAGAGUCCCUGCUCUCACAUGCCUCAUCCCUUCCCUGGUAUGGCAGCCCUAAUAAGAACCUUUCUUUGAAUCAUUGUGCAGCUCCAGGCAAUAGAGUAAGCGAAGCGAUUUCGGUGGAAUCACCUACUCAUCGUAAACGGAAACAUUUUCUCAGUUACCGACAUAGCAAUUACCUUACGUAAAGCAGAACUAAUGCCGACUGGCUGUUUAGUGGAAUGAGCAUUAAAGCUGCAACCUACUAUAGCUCUCCAAACCUCCUGUAGCUUCCUGUCAGAAGCACCAGUAGCAUUUCUUCCCACUUGUACUUAGAGUAAUUGCAAGAGGUGACCUCACCUGCAGGACUGGCCUUGCAAACCUAACCCGUGCUUCACCUUGGCCGCCAGACAGUCCCACACGGUUGGAUUUUUUUGGAGUUCUGCUCUCAUGCAACCUUGUCAAAGACCUCAUGCAAUAUCACUUUGAAAGUUAUUUUCUGUUUACUACACAGACAUUGUAAUAUAACUGUUAAUACUAUUUAUAUAUUUGAAAGGUAUAAAAGGUAGGAGUUAAAAAAAAAACAAAACCUCUAUGUGUAGAUAUUAACUCAGAACUUACAAUAUACAGGGAGAAGACAUGUUGCAAUACAAGCUAAUUCUAGCUGCUCAGUAACCUCUGGAGUCUUUAAAGGGACAUUUUCCUGUACUUUUUCAAAUAACGAUGUUGAAAAAAUUAUCUUGACACGAGCGUCACAUACCUUUGCAAAAGGAUGGUUGUUUGCAGUUAAGCCCCGGGCCCAUCCUUCUGCUGCCGUAGUAUGCUGCAGCUUUAAUCCGAAAGUCCACGCUUGCUGCUUCCUGAUCUCCGAGUUACUCUUUCCAAAUUGUCUUCUUACACUGUUGCUGAAGGUCACUCUGUACAUGUAAUGGAAACUGAUGUUGCCAAGCUCUUACAAGGUGGUUCAUCUAUCGAUGGCAUCCGCAUUUGGUAUCUUUUACACUUCAACCAAAAAUUUGUUAGGUAUUUUUCAAUGCUAAGUCUUGCCUUUUAUUUUUUAAUUUCACUGCCAAGUUUGCAGUGAUUCUAAGUGAAUCUGUGGGCAUUUUAGCCUGUGGUCUUGCCAGAUCUUUGCGAAUUACAAUGCAUAUAUGUCUAUUUAUUCAAUAUCUGUCAUAUAAUAUCUAUUUGGAAGAAGAAACUUUCUCUUGUAGUGCCUCUUGACAAAGCACAAUUUCCCGCCUUUUUUUUUUUUUUUUUUUUUGUGAAAUGAAAAAACAAAUUGUGUUUUAUUGCGGUAUCAACAAUGUGAAUAAGGAUUAACAUAUUGUAAAUGUUCUUUUUUCCAUGUAAAUCAACUAUCUUUGUUAUCACUAAGUGAUAAUUAAUUUUUAACUUAUGUGCAUUGUUAGGCUGUUAGAAUUUUUUGGUUGUUAAAAUAAAACGCAUUCAAUAAAUAUGACUUCGUUUGUCAAGUAUUUUACUGGGCAUUGCCUUCUUUCCCACUUAAACUUUCGUGUGGAGUGAGACCU